AUGGCAGCAUCAACUACACGAGAAGCAGCAACACCAAACACACGGAGAGCUGCACGUACGCCAUUCCAAAAUGUUUCUCUGAACAGUGACACACAGAAACGGCUUCUAUCAACACCGGCACAACGCAUUGCACGCGGGCGCCCGAAACAGGGCACUGCUUGCGCGUCACCGGGCACAGGCAGGAAGAUAAACACAGCACAGCAUACAGGCGUACAGACAUGUCAAGAGACACAUACAACACGCAUACAACGCGCAUAUACCACGCAUACAUCAGGUGGAGAAGCCGCUGGGCGGCAGACAGGAUCUUCUGGGCUUGAUGGGCGCAGUCGGGGCGCAGGACGCAGCACAGGGAGAAUACAGGCAGAAAAGCUGUGCAGGACCGCAGCAGCUGCAUCAACAGGUCUAUCAGGCCCAUCAGGAGCAUUAUUGACGGGAUCUAAAAUAUCUACAACCCUAUCAGCGGGUUUGGAAGCGCCGGCACCCGUUUCAACGAGAUCUGCAGGCUCAAAAAGCAUUGCAAGAGCAUCAGGAGCAUUUGUAGCAGUAUCAAAAGCGCCAGGAGGCGUAAGAACAGGUUCAAUGCAUGGAUCAGGGUCAACAGCCGUUUUAACAAGGUCAAGAAAUAUACAGGAACAAAAAAAAUGCACAGUAAGCAGCAGAACACGAGAAGUAGCAAAAAAUACAGUAAAAACAGAUGAAAAUGAGUAUUCUGGAAUGUAUCUGACUGCAAAGCUUGGAAAUAUGCAAAUUACCACGCCAUGUCACAGUAGAGAUGUCUGGGUACCAAUUACAGGCAGUUCUCCAGAAAGCUCUGGAAGCUCACCAAGCUUAGAAAGCCCUACAGGAAACAGAGGGCUGGGAAGAAGGAAUUCUAUGUGUACUGGUGCUAUAGAACAGCAAAAUGAACAAGAAGGUGUAUAUUUUGUAUAUUCAGACCAAGGAAGGUCAGAAGGACCAGGUGGAUGUAUAAACUUUGGAAGCUCUGGAAGCAAAAUCAGCUCGGAAAUCUGUGCAGGGACUGAAGAGAGAAGUGAAGAAGGUCUAGGAAACCAAGACGGGGGUCUAGGGGAAACGGGGAAGGAUAUUUUUUACGAUGCAUGGGAUGUAUCAGAAACAUUAGAUGGAUCAGAGAUUCCGCAAUCACUGCAGGGAUUGCAAAUGGGUUUUGUGCGAGAAAAACCAUUGUCGUGUGUUGUAGCGUAUUUAGAUAUCAAGACAGGAGAUAAAAAAGACGCAAGUGAAAGUUUCAAAUCUAUUUUGAAGGAAUUAGGAGCAUCAGUGAAAGAGGAAUGGGACUGGUCAGUACCAGAGGGGUUUACAGGGGCUGGAAAAGCAAGAAUUGGGAAAUGCAAUAAGAACGAGAAGAAAGGAUCUGUCUUUGAAGAUAUCAGUAUCACACAUGUAGUGUGGCGGUUGGGAUCUCCAGAAAUUCUGGAGAAAGUCAAGACGGCAAAUAAAUAUCUUGAACAGAUGGAAGAGACACGAAGGAUAUACUGUGUAGGAAUCCAUUGGAUCAUGAAAUGUGAAGAAGAGGACCGGCACGUGGACGAAGCAAAAUACACAAUUAACGAGGGAAGCAGUGCUUUCCAGCGCUCAAGAACAGAUAACUAUUCCUGGGUAGUAUCGAAUGGAGAAAAAAAAAGGGUAAUCGAGGGAAAAACAGGGAGUGAAUUGUCAAGUAAUUUAAAAAACAAUGAACAAAACGAGUCGACUCUGAAAACGUCAAUGGCAGCAUCUGUGGAAGUAUCUAUGACAGGACUAAUAAAAGAACUAACGGCUGUACCGCCAAAAACACCUGUGUCUAACGAUAUAUCGUCAAUAAAAAAUGCACCUCUUACAAACACAAAAACAGCCUCUCCAAAGUCAUUUACUGAGCUCGAGCGAUGCAGUCUUAUUGCAGCAAAAAAGAAAAUCGAAUUUCAUAAACCAAUAGUAUCAAGUCCAUUGGCAAAGAAGUGUUGGACCUUUUCUGAUUAA